GAAUACUUUUUAGUUUUUUACCCCAGACCUCCCAUAAAAUGAAGUUUGCCGCUGCCAUUGCCUUGUUAGCCAGUGUAUGUGCCGUUCAGGCCGCCGACUCCGAAGACGUUGCUUUCUUGACCAACUUGGUUCAAGAUUAUAAGAGUCACACCGCUGACUACGCUAAGUUCAUCAGAACUGCUUCUUCAGUUCCAGCCGUUAUCACCUCCUUGGCUCUUCAUGUUGCCACCUAUACCGACACCUCGUACACCACUUUGUUGGACAACAACGGGCUUGACAUUGACUCGUUGGAAGAUUUCGCAACUGAGUUACCAUGGUACUCUUCCAGACUCUUGGUGGCAGAUGCCGAUGCCUCCGAAUCCGGAGAUGCCUCCGAGACCGAUGCGUCUGAUGCCUCGUCUACUGAAGCUUCGUCUUCUGCUGCUUCAUCUGCUGCUUCCUCCGCUGCUUCGUCAUCUGCUGCUUCAUCGUCCGAAGCUGGUGCUGCUGCCAUGAUGGCUCCAAUUGGGGCUUUGUUGGGAGCUGCUGCCAUCGCGUUAAUGUAAGUGUGCGAUGUCCCCAAAUAGAUAUAGGUUGUGGUUAUCAUACAGAGACAGAUAUGUGAUCCACCCAAGCCAUCCAUAUGUAUACCAAGCUGUCAUGAUAAUAAAAUGUUAAGAUUAGACUUCGCCCGCGGUGAUGUAAAGUAGCACAUACUGUAGGUUCCACAAGAAGUUGUCUAAACAGUCGAUGGGGAUAUUAUUGAGAAGUGGUGCGGCCGCUGGGUCGAACGCGCGGUAGAGCGUGCUCACGUUGUGGAGCACGAGAAGUAAGUCUUUGUUGAGAAGCAUUAUGGCCGUUUCAAACGGCUGGUUUUUGGUGCCUUCGUUCAGCUUUUUCGUACUUGCCGGAUCAUACAAGAGAGGGUAACACUUGCCUUUGAAAUCCUCAAUUACCACUCGUUCUCCUUGGACUCGGAUGGCGUAAUACACCUGAAGGUUGGUGAUUUGGAUCAAUGCCUCCACCGUUUGGAUGAUGUACCAAAUGCCCGUGUUGAUCUGAGUGAUUACCACCGAAUGGCCUUCUUCUAAGUCGUACUCACUUCCCAACCGGGAGUCCUCAUGAUAUAGUUUGUGUAGUAAGUCCUGGAUGUUUGCAGGAAAUUCAAGGCCCAUCACGUAUAAAUUGUACAUGUCGUC